AUGGGCACGCAAACUCUAGAGUGGAAGCAGCAUCGACGCGAAGGACGCACCAAAUCCGAUGAGUGCGAGGAAGAGCGACAAAUUAGACGUCGAAGGCGUAGCAAGUCAGAAGAAUCUCGAGGGCGGCGAACCACACACCACGGGGCCAAGAGAAACGCGGACUCCGAAUCAAGGCGAGGCCGAAACACGAGCCGACCGAGACACGAAAACGAUAUUGAUCAACGACGUCAGCCUCGCGACCUGCGUGCUAGCUCGGCCGGAGCUCGUCGUGGGGCGUCGCCCGGACACGUGCCACUACGGCCCCCAAAGAAAUCAUUACAAACUCGUCAUCAAGGUGGCCAUGCGGCUCCAGCCGCUCCUGACGGGCCAAAAGAGAAGCCCAACCUAGCUUGCAGUGGCCUCUUGGCUGCCGAGUCCAAUUCUACCCUCCUCGCCGACGGCACCACCGUCGUCCUCAAGUACCACGAGCCCUCCGACGCGCGCGCACCCGCACCCAAGUAUCAGUGGAAGCUCUUUGCAUUCAAGGGCGCCGAGAUCCUUGAAACCAUCGACCUCAGUCGCCAGAGCUUCUGGCGCGUCGGGCGCGAAGCCUCAGUCUCUCACAUUUUCGCUGAGCACCCGAGCAUUAGCAAGCAGCACGCCAUAUUGCAGUUUCGUUACGUCGAGAAGACCAACGAAUUCGGAGAGCGGCGGGGUCGCGUGCGCCCCUACCUCCUCGAUCUCGACUCGGCAAAUGGCACCCUAUUGAACAAACAGCAAAUCCCGGCCCGUCGAUAUCUUGAGCUGCGGGAAAAGGAUAUGAUUCAAUUCGCACAUAGUACGCGAGAGUACGUACUCAUGCUCCAGUGUCAGGAAUAA